AUGCCGACAACAAAUUUCAGUAGCGGUGGAACACAGAAGAAAACAUUCGAUGAACUGUUAUGCUCUCCCUCUUUCGUAGGUGGGCUUCAAUCAGCAUCAGAUUCUUUCGCAGUAGUCAAUACUUUGCUCUCCAUCACAACAUUUCUUGGUAAUUCUCUCAUCCUUGUUGCCCUUAACAAAGAAUCUCCCCUUCAUCCGGCGUCCAAGUUCUUGUAUCGUUGUCUGGCAACAACUGAUCUGUUGGUUGGCCUUGCUGCUCAGCCUCUCUAUGUUACUUAUUGGAUGUCCGUGGUUCACGAACACGGCAGUCUUUGUCAUUACGCAGCGGAAACAGAUAUCAUAACAAGCUCUGUAUUAUGUGGAGUUUCUUUGCUUACGAUGACGGCAAUAAGCGUGGACAGACUUCUCGCCCUGUUGUUGGGCCUGAGAUACAAAGAGAUUGUAACUUUGAAGCGCAUUUAUGUCACUGUAGCCACCUUUUGGUUGUUUUGUCUUGUCGCCUCUAUAUGCGCCAUUUUUGAUCAGCGUAUAAUUGUUUUGUAUUACUGGAUAUUGAUACCACUUUCACUGCUUAUUUCACUCGCCUCGUAUACGAAGAUUUUUUGCACUCUAAGACAUCAUCAGGCUCAAGUACAAGAUCACGUUCAACAACAGCCGAGGCAACCAAAUGCACUGCACAUGACACGAUACAGGAAGGCAGUGCACAGUGCACUGUGGGUACAGUUAGCAUUAGUUGUUUGUUAUACACCAUUCUUUAUUGUAGGAAUUGUAGUCACUGUAGGUAAAACAUAUUCCUCGCAUUUAAGCGUCGCAUUUGCAAUGGCAACUAUCUUAGUUUACUUUAACUCGACGUUAAACCCGUUUCUUUACUGCUGGAAGAUUAGUGAAGUGAGACGAGCAAUGAAGCUGACAAUCCGACAAGCACUUUGCUGUCCAUGGAGUUAG